AUGGACAUCACAACUAUCUUGAACAGAAAAGGUUCUGCAGCCAUGGUCGCCGCAGAAUUCGAUCAUCAGCAAUUUAUACAGAACCCUCAUCUUGAUACAUCGUCUCCGAAGAUGAAGCCGGAGCCCGGAGUCUCAGAGGCUGGUGACCAGCCAGUACUUGCCUACCCUCCUCACGCGCCGCUCGGCCAAAUGCCGAAUAUGCAUCCGGAUAUGCGAUACCAACCGCAGACACACCCGAACUCCGCGCUACCACUUUUGCAAAAUCCUUAUGUGCCAGGGGGAUAUACAAGUGCUCCUCCAAUGCCGAACGGUGGUGCUCCUCAGGGCAGGACAGAUCCUCCACCCAAAACAUUCCACUGUGGCACCUGCAGUAAGGGGUUCGCUCGACGCAGCGAUCUGGCGAGACAUGAACGGAUACACUCUGGUAUUAGACCACACGCUUGUGAUUGGCCAGGAUGUGGUAAACAGUUCAUCCAGCGCUCUGCCUUGACCGUGCAUUCCCGUGUCCAUACUGGCGAAAAGCCGCACAUGUGCGAGAGAUGUGGAAAGCCUUUCAGCGAUUCAUCCUCUUUAGCUAGACACCGCCGGAUACAUUCCGGUAAACGCCCCUAUAAAUGCCCCUAUGCCAAUUGUCAGAAGACCUUCACACGUCGUACGACUUUGACACGCCAUCAGAACCACCAUACCGGUACCAUUGAAGAGGCUGCCGCAGAGACUGAAGCCAACCUGCGGCAAAAUAAGGAGAGAGCGAGGGCCCCUGGUGAGGGAAUAUAUUCAGAACAUGGCUCUGUUCAUUCUACCCCAUCCCCUGCCCACCACCCUACGAUCUCACCAGUUGGUGAGCUCCCUCCAUUGAAUAUGCCUCGCUCGUCUGGCGAAUACUACAGCAUGGGGAAUGGUUCUAUUCCUCCUCACGUUCGCGGAGACUUUCAGCAGGCCAGCCCUCGCGCUUCCCCAACGGCAACCUCUCCAUCUCUGUCCAGUUUUGGUAGUGCUCCACACACCCGGCCGUCGAUGACCUCUCACCCGUCAGGUUACGGCCCUCCUCAACCUCUCGAGCCGCCUGCCAACAACGACCAUCGGCCCAACAGUGUUAGUGGGAGUCCCCACAUGACAAGUUUAGGUUGGGCUUCGCCGUCCCACGGUAGCAUCCCAUCACCAGGCUCCGCAACCGAUUUCGGCUAUUCUGAUCCUAAUGGUCCAGCAUACCCGAACUCAAUGCCCCCUCACAUGUACUUUCCCAACUCCACCCUCCGACGUCCCACUAGCACUGAACCAGAGAACUACGAGAUGAAGCCAAAGAUUGGCGAGAGUGCAUGGUCAACACCGGUCUAG